GUUUUCUUUCCCCCUCUCGCAGUAUCAUUCCCGCUUGGUCGCCAUGGGAUUGCGGCCGACGGAGAGCUCCAAAUCGAUGAAUUGUUUGUUGAAUUUGCUUGAGGAUUCAAUGGGAUCGUGAUCUGGAGCUCCGGAUCUAUAGAUCUAUACUACUUACUAUCACAAAUCCCUUUCUUUUGAUUCUUCACAGCGUCGCCAAUCGAAGAAACAAAUGCCAUUCUAGGCUUUCCCUAUUUCCCCACCAACCCAAUUUUCUGUCAAAUGCACCCUACGAUGGGAUCAUUUUCCCCAGAGAGGAGGGAUGAUACUUUCGCUCCUCCUCCUCCCUCGUCGGCGAUUCUUUCUUCUCCAUCUUCCUCUUCCUUUUCGUCAACUUCUUCGUUUAAAUCGUCUUCAUCCUCUUCUUGUUCUUCGAAGUACAUCGAGCAUCCGGUGUCCAAGUUUGACACACUUGCAGGCGUCGCCAUAAAGUACGGGGUUGAGAUCGCAGAUAUCAAGAAAAUUAAUGGCCUAACAACAGAUCUUCAAAUGUUUGCUCACAAAAUAUUACUUAUUCCUCUUCCCGGAAGGCACCCACCAUCAACUCCUAUCCAACCUAAUAGUUCUUUUGAUGACAGAGGUGAUUCUGCUACCAAUUCUCCUCGAAGAGACGUAUUAGAUUCUUUGCAGUUGGUGAAGUUGGAUUUCCUCCAAAAUAGUGAAAUCUCUCCAGCCAUGAGUACCUUGCAGAAUUACUAUGAUCUUUUACAUCAUAAAAACGGAUCUACAGCUAAAAGCACAGAAAUGACAGUUUAUGAAACACGUGGUGCAUCAUAUUCUGAAGAUGAAAUGCUUCCUAAAGCAUCAACAGCUUCUGAAACACAACCAAGAAGGUCCAUGUGCAUCCUCAGGAGCUGCUACCACUCAGAUAAUAGUUAUUAUGGGAAUACCUUGCUACUCAACAAAUCUGGGGAUGCAAGUAAUUGUGAGAAAUCCAAGUUGGAUGAAUCUAUCAAGCGUCGUCAAAAAGCCGAUACGGAUGCUUUGAGUGCUCUGGAAGAAAUUAUUGAAGGAUUUAUAAAUAGGAUUGGAAGAGGAUUGGCACCAAAGGCAUUGUUAACGAGUCUGAUGGAUUACAGAAGUCCAACACAAGAUACUUCUCAAACUAAUAGUCUUCUUGCUGUGAUGAAGUCUUUUAGCUCCUUAAGUUUGCAAGAAGAAAACUACUCCAUUUGGUCUUAUUCUAGAUGGUCACUGAAACCUGAUUCAAUCACAAAGCCAAUUUUUUCUUCUUUACCGAAACAAAUUUCUGCCUGGAGAAGCAAAGCUGCUCUAGAUUAACCAUAGAACUUAUUUGGUUCUUGUACCAUGUUCUUAUUAUAACAAGUGAAAGCUGCAAAGAUUGGAGAUAUGUGUUCAGUGACAAUUAAUCAAUUUUGUAUUGCAUCAAAGUUUCUCAUUGUAUAU